GGAGCGGGUGCAGGGCCCUCGGAGGCUCCCGUGGAACCGGACCGCGACGGCCCCAGGGAGGAGGACGAGCCCAAGUUGGCGCCCGGACCGCAGGUAGGAGCGAGCUAGGGGAGUCCGGCUGCUCUGGCACUUUCACCUCCCGGGAGCGGGGCCGGGGUGAGCUUGGGGAUGGACCAUCCUCCACUGGCUGGGGCUGAGGCGGGAGUGGAGGCUGGACCCUUCUCUCCAAGCCGAAGCGUGGUCCGUCCUCUCCUGUGACCAGGGCUGCCUGCCCUCUCCCGCCACCUCCGGGAUGGAGCAAGGGCUUAAACCUUCUGGUCGUAUAUCCACACUGGGACUGGGCUCUGCUCCUGAGGCCACAGCUCAGCUCUCUGCCCUUCACAUCCCCCUGGGCCCACCUGCUCCCCCACCUACCCACAGGCUGGGACGCUGUGCCCUGGAAGGCUGCAGCCUCUUCCCUCUCCCCACCCCGGGAGCGGCCCCACCCUUUCCCCUCACUGCCUGCAGCCACUGCCCCCUGAGCAGCUGUGUGCCCCCAGCAUAUGUCUCCAGUGGCCUCCCGCUUCUCCCUGCCCAGCCGAGCAGUUGGAGCAGCCAGCCAGGCCGCCCAGAAGACUAUUUGGUGGGGCUCCUGCGCUGAAGCAUAAACUAGCAAAGCCUGCCCUUUCUUCCCUCUUUACCUCUGACCCCACAAGGUGGCCUACCCCAACCCUCGGACCCCCGGCUUUGGUGAAUCCUGCUAAGAGUGAGCAGUAGCAGGACUCAGCAAAGCUUCCAGCUUGCCACCUGGAAGAAGGUCACUUUCUUUUCAGCAAAGGAGAUAAUGGGAGGUACCCUGCCAGUGUUCCUGAGAGCCCGGGGUGGCACGAACCACAGCUGCUCUGGGAGGGUUGUGGCACCUGGGGCUGGGUGGCUCGCCCUAAGCUUGCUCUGACGAAAGAGUUUUGAGUUGGUCUUUUGGCUGAGCCUGCCAAGGAAGGCAGGCUCCUGCAGGAGUCUUGGAGGGUCGGAUGCAGCGCCGGAUGAGGAUGAGGCGUGGCGGAAGAUGCGUUUGGCUCUGCAGACACUGCAUCGGGCAGCAGGGGACUCUGGGAGGCUGGUGCAGCCAGAAGGCAUGGCUCUUGACAGCCUUCUAGUAGAAUCUCUGGAAUUGUGCAUGUUCCCCCCACCUCCACCCAGUCUGUGCAGACUUGCUGCCUGCUAUGUCAUCGGGAACGCAAAGGCUGGGAAGAAGGCCCUUCCCAAAAUGGACUGGUGUUGCAGGAUCUCCUUGUCACACACAUCCUGCAAAUCACAGUCUUGUGGGGGUGACUCUCAUUCCUCUUCGUCCUCCUCUUCAUCGUCCUCGUCCUCCUCCUCCUGCCAUGGGAACUCAGGGGACUGGGAUCCCAGCUCCUUCCUGUCAGCACAUAAGCUCUCGGGCCUCUGGAACUCUCCGCACUCGAGUGGGGCCGUGCCGGGUAGCUCACUCGGGAGUCCUUCUACCAUCCCUGGUGAGGUCUUCUCUAUCUCGGAGCACCACCGGCACUCAGACCUCACUGCUCCACCUAACAGCCCUACCGGCCACCACCCCCAGCCAGCAUCACUGAUCCCAUCUCACCCUGGAUCCUUCGGCUCACCACCCCACCCACACCUGCUGCCUGCUACCCCGGCAGCGCCUUUCCCUGCCCAGGCUUCAGAAUGCCCUGUUGCCGCUGCUGCCGCCCCCCACACCCCAGGGGUAUGUCAGACCCCCCACCUGCCCUCCACCAGCAUGCCGCUCCUGAAGAUGCCUCCACCAUUCUCGGGGUGCAGCCAUCCCUGUAGCGGGCACUGCAGCGGGCACUGCAGCGGGCCUCUCCUCCCACCUCCCAGCUCUCAGCAGCUCCCUAGCACUCACAGCAGGGACCCUGGGUGCAAGGGACACAAGUUUACACACAGUGGUCUGGCCUGCCAGCUGCCCCAGCCCUGCGAAGCAGAUGAGGGCCUGGGUGAGGAAGAGGACAGCAGCUCAGAGCGCAGCUCCUGCACCUCAUCCUCCACUCACCAGAGAGAUGGAAAGUUCUGUGACUGCUGCUACUGUGAGUUCUUCGGCCACAAUGCGCCACCCGCUGCCCCGACGAGUCGGAAUUAUACAGAGAUCCGAGAGAAGCUCCGCUCGAGGCUGACCAGGCGGAAAGAGGAGCUGCCCGUGAAGGGGGGCGCCCUGGGCGGGAUCCCUGGGGAGCCCGCCGUGGACCACCGAGAUGUGGAUGAGCUGCUGGAAUUCAUCAACAGCACGGAGCCCAAAGCCCCCAACAGCGCCAGGGCCGCCAAGCGGGCCCGGCACAAGCUGAAAAAGAAGGAAAAGGAAAAGGCCCACUUGGCAGCAGAAGCUCUAAAGCAGGUGAAUCGUAGUGUUUCCGGAAGCCAGGAGCCAAGGCCUGCAAGGGAGAGGCUCUUGGAGUGGCCCGACCGGGAGCUGGAUCGGGUCAACAGCUUCCUGAACAGCCGUCUACAAGAGAUCAAGAACACUGUCAAGGACUCUAUCCGUGCCAGCUUCAGUGUGUGUGAGCUCAAUAUGGACAGCAAUGGAUUCUCUAAGGAGGGGGCUGCUGAGCCAGAGCCCCAGAGCCUAUCCCCCUCAAACCUCAAUGGCUCCUCAGAGCAACGGCCUGACAUUAACCUUGACCUAUCCCCUUUGACUUUGGGGUCCUCUCAGAACCACACGUUACGAGUUCCAGGUGAGCCGGCCCCACCAUGGACAGAAAUGAGAGGCUCUCACCCACCAUGGACAGAGGUGAGGGGGCCCCCUCCCGGUAUCAUCCCUGAGAAUGGGCUAGUGAGGAGACUCAACGCUGUGCCCAACCUUUCCCGGGUAAUCUGGGUCAAGACACCCAAGCCAGGCAACCCUAGCCCUGAGGAGCCAAGCCCAAAGGAGGUUCCCAGUUACAAGCAGGAGCUGCCUGAGCCUGUGGCCUCAAGUGGGAAGCCUCGGAAAGGCAAGAGACAGGGCAGUCAGGCCAAGAAGAAUGAGGCAAGCCCAGCCCCCCGGUCCCCAGCCAGCAUAGAGGCUGCCAGUGCCAAGGGCCAGACCCCCAGCUCCAAGCAGCCAGGCAAGGCUCCGGAGCCUCCCAAAGUGGGCAGCUGUGCCGAGGCUGGAGAGGGGAGCCGGGGAAGCCAACCGGGACCAGGCUGGGCUGGCAGCCCCAAAGCCGACGAGAAGGGCAGCUCCUGGCGAAACUGGCCAGGUGAGGCCAAAGCACGGCCUCUGGAGCAGGAGUCUGUGCAGCCCCCAGGCCCAGCAAGGCCACAGAGCUUGCCACAGGGCAAGGGCCGCAGCCGCCGGAGCCGCAACAAGCAGGAGAAGACGGCCGCCUCCUUGGACGAUGUGUUCCUGCCCAAGGACAUGGAUGGGGUGGAGAUGGAUGAGACUGACCGGGAGGUGGAGUACUUCAAGAGGUUCUGUUUGGAUUCUGCAAAGCAAACUCGUCAGAAAGUUGCUGUGAACUGGACCAACUUCAGCCUCAAGAAAACCACUCCCAGCACAGCUCAGUGAGCCCCCUGCCGGGUCGAGCUGCUUCAGGGUGUCCUGAGACCCCCAACUGCCAGCUGAAGGUCUACAGUUUCUUCCUCCACAUCCCUACCCACCUGCCCAAGAUCCUCCCUGCUCCUCACCGUCCUGGACCAACCAAAAGUUGAAUGGAUGCUGUGCCGUGCUGGGGCCCCUCAAGACCUCCGCAGAGCCGCUUCCUGGUGCUACGCAGCCCCCUCACUCAGAGCCUGGGGGCUGGACUGGCCUGUGGGCCGGGGGCUGAUGGUACUGCUGGCCCAACACUGCUCUCUUUGUGUUUGGUUUUGUUUUUGUUCUUGUUUUUCAAUUCUUUACUUUUGAUACUGUGAAGAUCUUUCCUGCCGAAAGAUAAAGCAACAUUUGGACACAGUCA